GGCUCUGCGUUCACUCGUCAAUCGCUACUCGUCGUCGGCGGACGCGCGUUCUUCAGUGCACAUUGUACCUAAAACUUCGCGGGUGACUUUCUAUUUCAUUAAAUAAUCUUUGCAAUGGCGAACCUAGCUAUCCUUGUGCCUGUGCUCCUAUUGGCUGUCUUUGUACGAGAUGGUGAAUCCGUUCGCUGCUGGACAUGUUCUUCGGACCUGAACCCGCUAUGCCACGACCCCUUCCUCGCUGGCAGGGCCGACAACUCCUACCUCUUCAGGCUUGAGAACUGUGACUCCAACAGCGGCGCUACAUACCCCUACCUGACCUCCUCCAAGUCUUCGUGCAAGAAGCAGAAGAAAUACAUCAACGGCCAGCUGGUGAUCUCGAGAGGGUGCACAUGGAAGAGGGCAGAUGACUACUCCAACCAGUGCCCAAGUUCGUCCUCUGGUCCCAGCGAAGUCUUGUCCUUCUGCGAAACCUGCGACUACGACGGAUGCAACGGCGCAGCCACUAUCGGCAAAACCAUAGCCUUACUACUCGCACCUUUGGGCCUUUUGCUCUUCAAGUAAGAGACAGAUAGAGAAUGUUAGCAUCAAGGUGCCUUAAUAUAAAGUAGUCUAAGUUUGUUUGUACAAUACAACCAAAGGUCGGGUCCAACUAUGUACGAGGGUCGGAUCAAGCCAGUAUUUUCGAAAAUACCUGUUCUUUAAUCAGACAUUAUUUAUUUACGAAAGUAGGGAUUAACUGACGCCACAUAUUUACUGAACGAUCAUAUUAUAUUGUAUAGAAUUGGUAGAUAGGUUAGUCUAUUCACUGAAAGACACACCGUGAUACCGACCCCGUGGGCGUGGUCGAUGAUUUCCCUCAUUCGGCGCUUGCCGCUAUCGACUAGGGUCGAUUAAUUCUGUCAAAUAUGAUCCAUUCAGACGCCGCCCUGAGCCGAGAUUUGGGCCAAAGAACCCCUCCGGCCUGUUGUCUUAAAUUUUGUACCGGGUGAGAGCCCUCAGCGCUCCCCGUUUGUCCGGCCAAGUAGUUAAUGCCAUCUGCGACAAAUCUACAAUACGUCACGUCUAAAAAAAACUGAAAGACACAAAGAACUAGCUCUGGUAUUCCAUAAUCUGUUAAAUAGGAGUCUAGUAGUACCCACAAAUUAAUCUUCUCGUCUUGAACGGAUCUUAGACUUAGAUGAUACUUAAGUUUAAAAACAAGUGUUCAUAAAAAUGGUAUAUGUUGCAGUUUCAUUCUGUUCUAUUGCUGUUUGGGACCACUGUACCCUAGGUACCCCUUGGCCAUCGUAGGUAUCUACAAUGCUUAAGGACAGGACUAAAAUAAAGUACAAAUCACAGAGCUUUGGUGUAAAUUUUAUCUUCAACUGCUCUGGACUUUAACUCCUAAUAAAUCUUAAUGUCAUAAAUGCUUUACACAAAUCUUGUUAUUUAUUAGCUCCCUCAUAUUUCACUAUUUACUACCUACUAAGUGAAAGUUAUAAUAAAGACGUAGGCCUGUGAGGCAGCCAUCAAAUUUCGUACCUCUCUCGAGGGUUUUGUACUUCUUCUAAGGCAUAGGAUCGCUCGACGAACUUUCGACGGUUUUGCCAAUACUCAAAAGCGUCUUAAUCCAAAUUGUCUCGCGCCUUUUUGAGUCGAGUAAGACCUAUCUAAACGAGGCAACCUCGCAUGUCUGCUUAGGUACUAUUAACCGUUCUGAAUCUUAUUUUUUAUGGCUCUACUUUUUCUUACGUUCUUCUACCGGUAAAUAUAGCGGCUAUUUUAUUAUUCCUUAAAUUGUAAAUAUGUUUUAAUUUCUAUUAACUUAAUUACAGCUAAUGUUUGAUGUAAUUACGAGAAUUAAACUUUAAGAGCUUCAUUUUAUUUUAAUUGUGAAAUUAACAUAAGGUUUCAAGUUAAAAGAUCUUUUAAAUAAAACGUAACAAGUUGUUUUU